UAGCGAACGCGCUGUGCAUCGCAGAUAAACGUGCGACAACCAACCCCACUUAUUGCUCUUUCUGUGAAAUGGCAAGAAAGCAUCAUCAUGGACGGGAUUGAACACGAGAACCCACAGGAUUGGGCGAAGGGGAGGAAAUGGGCGAUCACCAUGACCGCGUGUUACAUGUCGAGCCUUAUCUCCAUCGCUGCCUCUUCCUACUCCCUCGGUGUUGAUGCAAUGGCCGUUGACCUCAACACAUCGCAUCUCCUCGCUGUUUCUGGCAUCUCCUUCUUUACGUUUGCCGUCGCCAUCUUCCCCCUUUUUUUGGCACCGCUAGGCGAGUCUGUCGGUCGCAGGCCCGUGUAUCUCGCCUCCUACGGCAUCUUUUUUCUCUUCUUUCUCCCCGUCGCCCUUGCUCAUAACAUCGAAACUGUCCUGGUCUCGCGAUUCCUCUGCGGCGCCGCAGGGUCCGUAGGUUCCACCAUGGUUGGCGGCACCCUCUCUGACAUCUGGACACGCCGAGAACGUGAGAUUCCCAUGGCCCUUUUCUGCCUCUCGGCCCUUUUCAGCACGCCCAUAGGCCCUAUAUUCUUUAGCUGGACCGAAGAGAACUUUACCAGAUGGCGAUGGAUUCACUGGACAAUGCUCAUUUCGUCGGUCCCCUCUGCCGCACUUGUCCUUCUCGCCUUCCAUAGGGAAACAUUGGUGAUGAGGGAGCGGCCACAUGGACGUUCGACGCUCGCUAGCAUGCUCGCGAGGACGAGAACAUCUCUCUCAUUGUCGCUCGUUCGACCCUUGGUGCUUUUAGCGACGGAGCCCAUCGUAUCCUGCCUUUCGCUCUGGAUUUCGUUUGCCUGGGGCACCCUCUACCUUUUUCUGGAGUCAAUCCCCUUAGUCUUUUCUCAGUAUGGCUUCUCCCAGGGCCUCGGCUUUGGCGGCCUGGCUGUUGGCGCUUUGAUCGGCUUCGCGAUGCAUCUCGUCUACCUUCACUCAACAAACGUUAGGACUAGCUCAAUGCCCGAGACGAGGCUGUUGGAAGCCUCAUUCGGGGCGCCUCUUUUUGCUGGCGGGUUGUUCUUCUACGCUUGGACCGCUCAGCCAGAGUUCCCGUGGAUCAUUCCGCAGCUUGCCUGCGCCUGUCUCAUGUCCGGCCUUUACCUAGUCUAUGUUUGUAUAUCGUGCCCCACCGCCUCAACGCUGUCCGGCUGACCAGACUCGAGGCCAUCAGGCCUGCAUUUUUAUGUAUCUGUCCGAGUGCUACGGUCCUUACACGUCAUCAGCUCUUGCGGCCCAGAGCUUCAGUCGGAAUAUUCUUGCGACUGCAUUUCCCCUCUUUGCAACCGAAAUGUACCAGGCGCUCUCGUACAAGUGGGC